GGCAGACGUUUGCCUUGGCAACCAGUGAUGUAAAGAGAUGUGGUCCUCCACUGGGUGGGCUUCUUUUGCAAAUGUGGCAGUGACGUUGAAUAUGUAUGAUGGGUCUUCUCCAAAUGCUGCGGUGUACUUCCAAUGUUGCUUGCACGUACUUUUUCACUGUAUGUAAAGGAAGCACAGCUGCUAUGUCAUGCUCAAAAAAAAAAAACAACAAAAUCACCGACGGUUUCCUCUCCCUUAACUCACUCAAUCUUUCUUCUUCUCCUUUUUUUUCCCUCCACAGCCUUCAUGUGCCUGCUCACUAUUUUGGAUUUUGCAAGAAUAAAUGCAAGCGAUCUGUGUAGAAGCUCAGCUGGUACCCAAAGCAAGAAUUUAGCCAAUCUCCUGAAGAGCGAAGCAGAAACACUUGUGAGAACAUAUAUUGAAGCUCAAGGAGAAGGCUUUCCCCAGUCAAGCUCAGAGUGCAAAGAGGAAGUGUCUGGCUUCCCAGUGGGUGACAUCACUGCCAGAGAGUCCCCUGAGAUGCUUCAGAGCAUCUAUUUCACUUUGAAAAGCAUAGACAGACAUUUCAAAACCAUCCUACAGCAGCUCUCUGAUCUGGGCUUUCCAGCCACGGACCCUUUACAGAUGAAACUCAAGGUGGCUCAAGAGCGUGUUCUUCACCUAGCUGCCAAUAUUAAAUGCAUGCUCACAGUGCCUCCCCCAGAGGUCAAGAUCCCACCAUCAGUGACCAUCAGGGGCAUCUACAAGCAAAAGAAGUAUGGCUGUACUGUCCUGAGAAAAUACUCCGAGUUCCUGACUCAAGUUGUACGAGGACUGAGCCACCAGACGGGCACGAAGCUGAAAAAAAGAUAUAUUCAUUCCCAUCAUGCUCGGUUACAAAGACUGCCUUAGUUUUAACCAAGGGACUGAUAAAAGAAAAAAAAAACUGUUGUAAUGUUUACAGAGAUAUAUUUAUAUAUUUAUAUAUUUAUUUAAGUAACUUUAUUGCUGACCUUUUAUAACCAGUAUGCAUCCAUGGUAUUUAUUUUAGGCCAGAACAAAUACUUAAAAUUUGUGUUUGUGGGGACAUGCUUUCGACACAGACAGACAUCUGACCUCUUGGUAAACACUUUGAAUCCACCUUGUACAUCUAUGUUUCACUCACAUGAGAGCCAAUGCACAUUGCACACAAAGUUUCCAAGCCCUUCAGAACAGUGCCAGUAUUCAUUAUAAAAAGAAUGUAGCUGUGUUGAAUGUGAUACUCCGAAUGAAUGUAUUAUUUUAUUUCUGCUUGACUAAAAUAUUUUACAUACACAUACUAUAUUAAUAUAUAUUAAUAUAUA